CCCGAGCAAAGGGCAAGCAAGCGUAGACCAAAACACCAAAACAUCACAAAAAUCAAAAUAAACAAAACCCUUCCGGUCAGGCCCGCAGACCAGGGAAGGAUACCCGAUGCGACGUUAGUGAUAAGCUUCGGGGAGUGGGAAGACGAAGACGACGGGAGUGAGAUUCGGGCACAGAGGCAUGCGAUGCCCAUGCGAUGCGAUGCGAUACUGGCUGGCUGGCUGGCCCCCGUGGUACGGAGCAGCCAAGUACCGUCCGGCGCCGGGCCGGUCGGGAGCAAGACGCCACGGACGUGGUACCACGGCCCUUGGCACCACUGACGGGGUGGGAUAGGCGACACCAAGGCCCCGGGAGUCUGGGUGUCUGGACGGCAGAGGGCAUGGCGGCGGCGAAAAAACGAAUAUCCAGUAGCCAUUCCGCAUUCGCCGUCUUUGUUUGUCUUCCCCCGAGAGCUCGUCAUGACCAUAAACACAACAACAACAGCGUGGUAAACAAUGACCCCUAUCCGAUAAACCUCGACUCCAAAACAAACCCCAUCUCGAUUUCGCCAUCGAGUCUCCAGACAAACAUGCCCGCCAUCCCCGAGUAUCCGAGAAAGUCGUCAGCGGCGACGUCACCAUCAUCCAACCGGCCACACCGAGCCUCCGGCCCCGUCCAACGGGCCGUGGCAUGUGACUGGCAAAGACGACCGGGAGGCAGAUCCUACUUCUUGCUAUACCCCGGAUCGUACUUGUCCUUCCAUAUCCUAUCACCGAGGUCAGCGAACCGUCAUGAUCAGCCUCUCUCAAGUCCGAAGACAACCACAACAACGAACGGGGAGCGGGCGGGAUGAGACACAACAAGAAACCCUCCUCGGGGGGGGGCGGGGAACACCAACGGUUGGUUCGUCACACGGGGAUUGCCGUAAACAGCGAGCAUCUCCCGCGAGUGAACCCAAUCGGGACGGCAAAGGGGGGCUUCGGAUCAAGCCUGUGCCCGGAGUGGGCAGCCGAAUCACGAGGCCGGCCCAAAGCGGCCAAGCUAGGCCGCAGCGGCGGGCCGCACCCCCCCCCUCUUAGUUCGUCCGUCUGAGUGGACGGCAAGGAGGGGGGU